ACCUCGUGACCAGUGCACCGUCAGAUCUUCGUAGCAUAGGAUACCCGGGUGGGGCAUUGGCUUUAGUUUUGUUGCUCACUGUCCGGCUCUUGUCAGCACAAUACGGCCACAUAUCGGAUUGUGACGAGACCUACAACUACUGGGAACCUCUGCAUUACUUAGUGUACGGCAAUGGUCUUCAAACAUGGGAGUACAGUCCGGCAUACGCGAUCCGAUCGUACAUGCCCCUCUGGCUGUUUGCGGUCCCAGGCAAGAUACUCUCCACAAUGAUGACUCCGGUCGCAGUGUUCUACGCAUUGAGACACAUCCUGGCUAUUCUGACCGCUUGUGCCGAACUUAUGUUUUAUAAAGCCAUAUGCCACGAGUUCGGCGUCCACGUAGGCCGGCUAUGGCUCUUCUUUACCCUCCCAGCGGCGGGCGCGUGGGCGGCGGGUGCGGCCAUGCUGCCUUCAGCAUGGAGCCUGGCGUUGGGCGGCGCCGCGCUGGCUUGCUGGUGGCGCCGCCGGUACCCACCGGCCGUGGCUUUGACCGCGGCCUCCGUGAUCAUAAGCUGGCCCUUCACAGCGCUUCUCGGCGUGCCCAUAGCAAUAGACAUGCUCUUCAUAAAGCGGCAAUACGUGGAGUUCUUCAAGUGGUCAGCCAUUUCCCUCGUCGUCAUCCUGACUCCCACCGUCAUCAUCGAUUCAUGGCAUUAUGGCCGACUGGUGGUGGCGCCAUGGAAUAUUGUGGCGUACAACAUCUUCACUGAUCAUGGACCGGAUUUGUAUGGUGUGGAACCAUGGACUUAUUACUUCGUCAAUGGGUUCUUGAACUUCAAUGUUGUUUGGGUGCUAGCCCUAUCCAGUCCGCUGCUACUCCUGGCUUGCACCGCGAUGUACCACCGUUCUAUGCGAGCGCACUUCUGCUCGCCCUACUGGCUCGACCUCAUGCCGCUCGCGCUGUGGCUGGCCGUCUUCAUGCCGCAGCCACACAAGGAGGAGAGAUUCCUGUACCCAGCAUACAGUCUAAUCGUCCUGGCCGGCGCCAUAGCGUUCGACUGCUUACAAAAGAUGACCUUCGCGGUAGGGACGGAGUUAUUCCACUGGCGGAAGGAGCGAGAGAGACGGCACUACCUGGCUUAUACCGGCCAGAUCAUGAUCAUCUGUAUUAUUUGGACUGGGACUUUGG